UUCAUAUUUAUUGUAAAUAAAUAAUUCUACAAAAAAAAUAUUGAGAUAGGCGAAAUAAGUUAUAAGAGUCUGUUAGAUAAGAAAAAAAUUACUACUUGCUUGCGCUGCCGCAGGCUGAAUGUGUGCUAAAGUUUAAUGUUCAUUUUAAUUUUCGAAAUCGAGUUGGUUCUUAAAGUAUUUAAUUUUUAAGAACUUGAGAAAUUGUUUCUAAAGUUAUAACUUUAAUGAAUAAAUUAAAUUUAAUUUAAUUAACCAUUAACAAACUAUAGUAUUGUUCAAGUUCAAAAUGCUCAAACUAAGGAUACUUCCUCAAGUAACCGCUGUACUAAAACGCACAAUGUCUACCCAAGAACCAGAUGUUCUUUUUGAGACAGUCAACAAUGCGGGUAUCAUAACACUUAACAGGCCUAAAGCCUUGAACUCUCUGAAUACUUCUAUGGUAACAAAAUUGCUACCGCAACUACAAGAAAUGGAGACUAGUAAAACAUUAGUAAUUAUCAAAGGGGCAGGGGAUAAAGCAUUCUGUGCAGGAGGGGAUGUCAAAGCUGCUAUCGACAAAGUCGAGGGGCCUAUAUUCUUCCACACAGAAUAUAAUGUUAAUUAUCUUAUUGGGAAGUACAAAAUUCCUUACAUAGCUUUUCUAAAUGGUAUUACCAUGGGAGGCGGUUUGGGUUUAUCGGUUCACGGUAGGUACAGGGUGGCAACGGAAAAGACAAUGAUAGCUAUGCCUGAGACAAAGAUAGGUUUGUUCCCAGAUGUUGGUGGAUCUUACUUCUUGCCAAGACUGCAAGUGAACUUGGGGCUAUAUUUGGGUUUGACAGGUGAUCGAUUAAAAGGAAAGGAUGUGGUUAAGGCUGGCAUUGCCACUCAUUUUGUAUCAAGCAAAAGGUUGUACGAGUUAGAGAAACUGCUAUUGAGAUGCACAAGUGAUAUAGAGGUUGACAAUUUACUUAAUAAAUUCAAUGAACCACCGGAGGAAUUCUCUUUGGCUCCAAACAUUAAACACAUUAAUUACUGCUUUGCUGCUUCAACGGUUGAAGAAAUUAUUGAGAGGUUGGAGAAAGUGCAAAAUGAUUGGUCCGUCAAAACAAUAGAGACACUACAUCAAAUGUGCCCUGGAUCACUAAAAAUCACAAUGCGUGCUUUACAACGUGGGGCUCAGCUGGAUCUGCCGCAGUGCCUCAAGAUGGAGUACCGUCUUGCCUGCAGAGCCACCGAGAACCAUGACUUCCCUGAAGGAGUCCGGGCUCUGCUUAUCGACAAAGACAACAACCCGCAAUGGAAACACAAGACCCUAGCUGAGGUGGAUGACGACUAUGUGGAGGACUACUUCAAGAAACUCCCACAAGAUAGGGAACUCCAAUUCUUUGAUGCUAAGCUUUAAAGGAAACUAGUCUAAAGGCUGUUAGUACAAUACAAUGUACGUAUUGGAUAGAAGCAGGCGUUACUUUGCGGAAAUCCAUAAUAUAUUAUGAAAAUUAAGCUUAACUUGCUAUACUCCGCGAAGUAAUUAUAAAUUACACCAUACAGAUUCUCCUGUUGUUCGCGGAGUAUAGCAAGUUAAGCUUAAUCAGGUUUAGCUUAAUUUUCAUAAUAUAAUACAAUGUACGUUAUAAAGCCAGGAGCCAGGAGUGGAGUGUUGUAUUCUUAAAAUAUGAUACUAAUUGUGAAAAUGUGUCAUAAGCUUGUUACUUUCUCAAACAAGUCAUUUUUGGCCGUAGCUAGUAACUAACCAACCAAUGAAGACGUUCCGCUAAACAAAAUUUCAAAUUCAAAAUUUCUUUACUCAUGUAGGCCUAUCACAGGCACUUAUGAAGCGU